GAAAAACGAAAGUGAAAGUUGAAAUAUAAGCACAAGGAACACCUCAGACUUCCUUACCGAAAUAUAAAAACCAUUCUUUAGGAAUAUAAAUAUAUAUAUUUUUUAAAUAAUGUGGUUUACGUCACAUUUUAUGCUCUGGACUAUCGAGAAUGUGUAGGAGUUGGCCGUAAACCGUUUUUUUCUGGCGUACCGUUUCCCUUCCAAGGUGGACAAAGUCUGAAAGAGCACCAGAGCCAUGGCAGCAACUAACGUUGAGCUUUCUGCUCAAAUAGAGGAGGAGUUCCUGCGGUGCAAGAUCUGCUUUGAGGUGUACAGGACGCCCCGAACCCUGUCUUGCCUGCACUCCUUCUGCGAGCCCUGUCUAAAAAAGCUCCUGGACCAACGGAAGGGCACCGUCUGCUGUCCGGAGUGUCGCACGGUGACUGACCUCCAGGGCUGUGUGGGCAACGCCAAAGCCAGCUUCUUCAUCAACAGCCUCCUGGACCUGUUCAGGGCCAAGACCGACACACAGGCCCUCUGCUCGCUUUGCCCCUCCCUGGGGAAGGCCCCGGAGCCUGCCUCCUCCCGCUGCCUGGACUGCGCCGACUUCCUGUGCUCGUCCUGCACCCAGGGCCACCGCUGCUCCAAGGUGACGGUGGACCACAGCGUGGUCAGCCUGCAGGACUACGCCUCGGGUCGCUACGAUGAGGAGGCCAGGAGGAAGCAGGAGCGCCACUGCCUGAGCCACCAGGACCCCCUGAGGUUCUACUGCGCCACCUGCUCUACCCCCAUCUGCCGGGACUGCCGCAUGCUGGAGCACUUCCCCCACCAGGUCCUGUCCAUGGCCCAGGCCCUGGCAGCCAGGAGGCCCCAGCUGGAGGGACUGAUCGGCAGCCUGGAUGGCAGCGUGGCGGGUCUCUCGCUGCAGGAGCAGGAGGUGGACUCCGCCGUACAGAGGCUGAAGGAAGCAGAAGGCGCCGUUAGAGACCAGAUCUCGGGGCGCGUGUCCGCGCUGGUCGACCUCCUCCUGGCGCGCAAGGAUGCCUUGUGCGAGGAGCUGUCCUCGUUUGUCCAGCAGCAGGAACGGAACUACCUGGCCAUCAAAGGAGAGCUCCAGAGUCACAUCAGCUCGGCACGGAGCACCAGGGACUUCUCCAGGCAGGUCAUGCAGAUGGGGAAAGAUUGCGAGAUCCUGGAUCUGGAGAGCACCAUUCAGGGCCACAUUGAACGCCUGCAGCGACUCCAGAUCGCCGCAGUUGAGAAGAAAACCCCUGUUUUGUUCAUUAAGGAAGAACCCGAUCAACACAAGUUGUUAACUGGGAUGUUGGAGUUAAAAUUUGAACCGUGUGGUCCGGAGGUGGCCAGUCAGACAGUGGACGAUCCCUGCAUUGAAGCGCAAGCAAAAGCUUCUUCUCCAACACCUGCGGAGACUGGUAAUCAGACACCAGUCGCACCUCCAAUCUGGCCACCAGAGCCACUAGCCUCCAGCUUACCUUGGCUUCACUCUGGGCUUGUCCAUAACCCAGCUUCCAUAAUUUUCAUACGCUCGUUUGAAACCGAUGACGACAACAGCGGAUACUAUGAAAAUAUAACCGGAAUCGGCCUGUCCCCGGGUGGCGACAUUGUUAUUGCUGAUAACAGUAACUUACUCAUAAAGAAGAUAAUCCGAAAUGGGAAUGUGAGAAACACUUUUUCCACCAAUGAUACUGACUGGGAUAACCUUAAACCCUUCAGUCUCGCGGUCUGUGAAGACACCAUCUACUUCACUGCCGGGGCAAGGGUGUACAAAAUCACAGAGGACGAUGAUAUAGCUCAGGUCUGCAACUUGCGGGGCUCCCACCCUGAAUACGCCAUCGCGGCCUAUCAGGACCAGUACAUCGCAGUCAGCGAGGGCCAGUCUUGUUGCCUCUCCCUGUAUGACCCUAGAGGCACGCUGGAGGGCCGAGUCGAACCAGAUGCCCCCCUUGAAGGGAAGUUUGUCUUUUUGGCAGUAAACAGCAGGGAAGAAUUCGUCGUCUCCAUGCAGAAAUCCAUUGUAGUUUUCAAGAGGAGUGGGGAGAUCAUCAACACCUGCAGUUCUGCAGAGACCGGCAGCUUCAGGCCACGGAGUGUCUGCAUUGACAAGUGGGACAACAUUUAUGCGUUGGAAGGCACAAGGGUCAUUUUACUGACACCCAGGGGAGAUUUCGUGCGAGAGCUUCUGAACUUUAAAGGACAGGGUUAUUCUCCAAAGCUGUUGACUGCUGAUAGCCGAGGACACCUCAUCAUGACUGAUAAGAAAGGAACCAUUAGAAUCUAUAAAGUGUCCUUAUAGCUUAGGGCUAUACAAGUGCUAAGUGACCUGCCAGGUGAGCCUGGAGUGACGUCACUGAGAUCACUUCUCUAAUGGCUACAGCUCAGAGUGUGUCACGGUGACAGUGGCUCUGACUCAUAGAGCCAUACAGGUCCUCAUUCAUCCUGGGCAAAACUGGGUGUGAAGCAGUAAGCUGAUUAACAAUUUGAAUUCCAAAUUGAAAAGCGUCUCGUGUAACAGAAUGUAAAUGCUAUUUACAAUAAGCUUUGUAGUGUUAUAACUAUAGUAUAUGAAAGAGGGUGCAUUUGUACUUCAUAUCGAGCUUUGGGGGAAAAAACGUUCCAUUCCAUUUGAAAAAAUUACUUUGUUUACAACAGACUGUAUUUCUGGAGAAAUGUAUUACAAUCUGAAUUUCAUUUUCAUUAAUAGAAUUUUUAGAUUCCUAGUAUAUUUUCAGGGCAGCAAAUAUAUCUUUGCAUUCCUUCAGAUGUUUUUGAACAUUUUUGAAUGUAUUCAGAAAUACAGAAAGACAGGAAAUAACUACAGCAUACUUCAAACUAAUGUGUCUCACAAUGGUUCACUUCUUCACUGUUGUAGAAGAACUGUAUUUCUAGAACAUAAUGUCUUACAACCUUAAUUUCUGAUGCAACUUUAAUGCCUUUUGUGAAGUUCCACAAUAUGUUUUCAAUCCAAAACAUAAAUUUGUGUUCCUUUAACCAACAGACUUGUUACAGAUUUGUAAACUCUGGAAUGGAUGUGGGAACUUGUUUGAGAUUAUUGUAUAGUUUCAAAAAAUGUUGCUUUGCCAGGGGUUACGUUUUUGUUUGUGCUCUCAGUUAAAGGUUGAUCAUUCGUGUUCAGAUGUUAAUGUGAGAUUUGGGUCUGUUAAAGUGUUUUAUCAUCCAGACCUCAAGAAAUGGACCAAAUGCAGUUCAGUAUGUUUGCUUAAAUAAAAAUCUUUUGCCUA